CCUAAGGAUUCAACAUUUGACAUGCAUUUCCUAUAAAGCGGUGGGGCGUACCACUGAUCUAAGAAGAACCAUAUAUAUAUGCGUGUACACAUGUAACAGAAGACACCAAGAGCCAACCACUACCAGCCCAGUAUUACACUUACCUUACGAUUGUGUAUGAAGCGGCCAGACAAGCUUGCUGAGCUAAGAAAUCUAUUUUCUUUUUAUUGCGGAAAAUAUCCAAAAAUCAAUUAAGCACCAGCUAUGAUCAGAGCAUGGUGUAUUCCAGGUCAGCAGUACCUUGUAUCAUAAAAGGGCAAGGAGUCUUUUUUUCAUCAAGACCACAGAACGCUGAGAGGACGGCGUGUACCUUAUUUUGCUGAUCUAGCUCUCACUCACCGCACGCAAGGUUUCCUUGGCCUUGUCUCCAUGGAAAUCAAGGGGGGCACAUGGAGGAUGCUGUUCCUUCUCCUCCUUGGACAGCUAGUCUCCUUCUCCCUGGCAAUCUGCAACUUCAUCACUUCUGUUAUUUCUGAUCACGGAGUUGAUGCACCACUGACGCAGUCGUUCUUCUCGUACAUGCUGUUGGCGCUGGUUUAUGGACCAAUUCUCCUGCGUCGACGACAAACGUUACUGAUACCGUGGUACUGGUACCUCCUGUUGGUCCUUAUCGAUGUCGCAGGAAACUGUCUUACUAUCAAGGCGUACCAAUACUCAUACAUCACCAGCAUAACCUUGUUGAGCUGCUGCACCAUUCCAUGGGUCAUGAUCCUUACCAGGUUUGCACUAGGCGCAAGAUAUUCUUUCUGGCAAUUUGUUGGAGCAGGAACCUCGGUGGCAGGACUUUCCGUGGCAAUUCUGUCAGAUUCCGAUUCUCCAGAUGUGCAAGAUGUUAGUAAAAUACCACUUUUGGGGGAUGCCAUUGCCAUUGCCGGGACACUUUGUUUUGCCUUUAGCAAUGUCGGAGAGGAAUACUGUGUCAAGAAGAAAGACAGAAUUGAAUAUCUUGCAAUGCUUGGAAUAUUUGGGAUGCUUGUCACUGGAAUUCAGUUAACACUGUUUGAGAGGAAGAAAAUAGACGCAGUUAAUUGGUCUCCAACAAUGAUAGGUUUGUUCGCAGGAUUUGCGGCAGUAUUUUUGGUGUUCAGAACCACUGCUCCUUUUGUUAUUAAGAUGAGUGGAGCAACUCUGUUCAACCUCUCGCUCUUAACAACUGAUGUUUGGGCGGUUGCAGUUCGAAUUUUCUUCUAUCAUCAGCAGGUAAAUUGGAUCUACUAUAUAUCAUUUUCUAUUGUAGCUAUUGGAUUGGUCAUCUACUCCGUGAAUGAGAGUUCUUCAGAUGAUGAUAUAGUUGCAAGUACAACAGAACAAGCAACGCAGUAUGAACAACUUUCACGCGAGUGAACUGCUGGUGCCAAUCUGUGCUGAGGAAUUAUAUAACAUUAGGAAUAAGAAGAAGGAGAUCACACCUGCCAGGGAAUCAAUGUACAAAAGUAACAACCAGGCAGCGAUAAAAACAUGGCAAAAAGUCAGGAGAGGUUUGAUGUUCAAUCUGCGCAAGUGUUGUAGCAUGUUAUGCAUCUAUGAAUUGUUUCACAUUUCCUGAAAAUUCUCAUAAUUCUCUCA